CCUGAUGCUCCACUGAGCUUUUGUGAAUAAGGAAUGGGAGCACUCUGUUGCCAUAGCUACCAGGACAUCCGACUCGUCUGAUAAAACAAGAUGGCGGCGACAGAGCCAGUGCAUCUGACAACCAUCCUCGUUUUCUUUGCUGGGACGUUACUACAGAAAGUCGAAGGAGACGAAUAUUGCCGGACGUCAAGGGGUGGUCACGUGACGUAUUAUGCUUGUUUCGGGUAUUGCUGUGACGGGGUCUGGUGGGAGGAACAAUGCUGUGUCAUCAUUACACAACUCUGGUAUUUCUGGAUCGGGCUAUUCACCGGCGCUGUGAUCCUACUAGCCUUAGUGUCCCUUCUUUGUUGGAGGCUGAAGAGAAAAGCACGUGUGGAGGUUUCGACGACUACGGACGUUGUAGACUCAGAUACAGAUCUCCGAAACAGAGCUGCAAUUCCAACCAACCAACAAGCGCACUUCAUCCAGCCCCCUCCAUACGACCCGAAAAACUACUAUAACGAUCCUAACGUACCACCAUGA